GGCGGCGGCGAGCUGCGCACCAAGAGGGCGCCCACCCGCCGGGCGAGCUGCAGCACGACCGCUCCCCGCGGGCGGCCGGGGUCCGCGCCGCAGCCGCCGCCGAGCUCCGGCCCGAGCUGCCGCGAGAGGCGGCGGCGGCGGCGGCCCCGGCCCCGGCCCCGGCCGGCCCGCGGCGCCCCCCGGCCGCGCCCCCGCGCGCCGCUCGCGUUCCCGGCCAUGGGGCUGGGCGAAUCCCGGGCUCGGCCGAGCUGAGGCUGCGGCGCCCGCCCGCGCGCUCCGCUCGCAGGCGCCUGGCCCUCAUGAUGAUGAAGAAGAAGAAGUUUAAGUUUAAGGUGGACUUCGAGCUCGAGGAGCUCUCCUCGGUGCCCUUCGUCAAUGGGGUCCUCUUCUGCAAGAUGCGGCUGCUGGACGGCGGCAGCUUCACGGCCGAGUCCUCCAGGGAGGUGGUGCAAGCGAACUGUGUUCACUGGAGAAAGAAGUUCUCAUUUAUGUGCAAAAUGAGUGCAAGUGCCACCACAGGCAUCCUAGAUCCUUGCAUCUACAGAGUAUCUGUGAGGAAGGAGUUAAAAGGUGGAAAAGCUUAUGCAAAGCUGGGCUUUGCAGAUCUAAACUUGGCAGAGUUUGCUGGAUCAGGAAAUACCACUCGUCGCUGUUUACUGGAAGGCUAUGAUACCAAGAAUACAAGACAGGAUAAUUCCAUUCUUAAAGUUUUGAUCAGUAUGCAACUGAUGUCUGGUGACCCAUGUUUUAAAACGCCUCCCUCUACAUCAAUGUCUAUACCAAUUGCUGGUGAAUCUGAAUCUCUGCAAGAAGAUAGAAAAGGUGGAGAGACGCUCAAAGUGCAUCUUGGAAUAGCAGAUCUUUCAGCAAAGAGUGCAUCUGUUCCAGAUGAACUUGGUGCCUGUGGACAUUCCAGAACAUCAAGCUAUGCAAGCCAGCAGUCAAAAGUAUCAGGGUAUAGCACAUGUCACUCCAGGUCAUCUAGUUUCUCUGAGCUCUGCCACAGGAGAAAUACCUCAGUAGGAAGUACAUCAACAGGAGUUGAAAGUAUUCUAGAGCCAUGUGAUGAAAUUGAGCAAAAAAUAGCUGAACCAAAUCUUGAUACAGCUGAGAAAGAAGAGACAGCUUCAGAAAAACUCAACAGAUGUCCAGUGAAACAAGAUUCUGUAGAAUCUCAGCUGAAGCGAGUUGAUGACACCAGAGUGGAUGCAGAUGAUAUUGUGGAGAAGAUAUUACAAAGUCAAGACUUCAGCCUAGAUUCCAGUGCAGAAGAAGAAGGACUGAGGUUAUUUGUAGGUCCCGGGGGAAGUACAACCUUUGGCAGUCAUCAUCUUCCAAAUAGGGUGGGAUCUGGAGCUUAUGAACAAGUUGUGAUCAAACGCUAGAAGUCAAGCUGGUGAACUGAAGUUGCCCUGUGGAUUGAAGAUGUGGGUAAUUGACGUAUCAAGGCAUUUUAUUCAAGCACUUUAAUAGAAAAUGAACCUAUUUAAAAAAUGCAGAUUUCCUCUCUGAAAGUGCCCGCCACCAUCCUUUCCCACCCGCCAAAAGAGAACGUCUGAAUGGUAGUUUCAAGGCGCUGUGCCGGUGUGUGCCUUGGAAGUACCUGGCUUCAAGAGUCACCGCACAUAUAAUGAGAAGCCUUUUUCUUUCAAAACACUCCAGUGGGGUAAACAGCAUUAUACACAUCGGAUCAUAAUUUUAGUAUUGAAGUGUAAAGUCUGUGAUAAAGGUGCUCAACAGAUUUGGGCUAUAUGGGGUUUUUUGUAAAUUUUAUGUUUGAGAGACAAUAAGGGAAUAUAAUUUAAAUCCUAUAAAUUCUGUCAAGAUAAUUAAAAUUCCUGUUAAAGAAAUCUUCCAUAUUAUACUACCUACAGUAUUGUACCAAGUUUAUUAACUCUCUUUGAUGUAGUAACUGAUACAAAGUGUGGGUGUUCAUGCUUUGGGAAAAUGUUAGACUAUGAUUUAAACAUGUAAAAUGCUUAAUAACAACUCUAAAUGUAUCAGUCAUAAAUCAAAUGAUAAGUGCGUUUAAGUCUGAGAUAGAUGAAUGGAUGUGAUGCCAUUAUACAAUAUAUCAAUAUAUAUUGUUACUUGUUAAUAUUAGAUGAGCUGCAGAGCCCCCAUUAGCAGUACAUAAAGGAUUCAAAAUAAGUUUAAUAUUCAAUAUGUUAGGCUACCAUAAGGCACCCUAACAGAAGAGCUGUUUUAACUCACUGAAUAUUAGAUCUGCUGGUUUCAGGAGUCAAAAAGUUUAGAACAAGAGGAAAAUUGUGAUAUGAUCAGAGACAGAGAAGCAUUUUCUAUGUAAAUUCAGACUUAUCUGAAACUAAAAAUUAUUCCGGAGAGGGAGUGAGUAGCAGACAGGACAGCUGCUCCACACACCACCACUGACGCAGACGGCUGUUUUCUAGUUUAGCACCCCCUGAUCAGAUACUGUGCUCUCGUCUUUAUCAGAAGGUAGUUGUUUUGAGGCAAAAAUAGAAUAUAACAUACAUCAAAUAUAGCUUUUAAAAUAAGAAUAUCUGGUCUGGAUCCAGUUUAACAGCACAGCAGAUAAACCUUAAGAGUUUUUCUGGUCUUACAUGACAGUUUCCAUGUGGAAAGAUCUAAACUUUCUAGGAAUCACUCAGUCAAUGAAGAAAAAUGUAGAUUCUAUAGAACCAGCAACUCCCCAAUUCUUCCUUUCAAAAGCAUCUCCAAAAAAGAUAAUAUGUCAGGCGACUUCUAGGGUCUCUCUCUCUAUCUCUCCCGGGACCCGAGAACCUCGCCCGGGCCCCCCUCUCUUGGGACCCGUUACCCUCCCCCAGGAGCACCCCAAUAAAGCCUCUUUACUUAUCCCUUUCAAAAAAAAAAAGAUAAUAUGUCAGAAUAGAAUUGCUUUGGUCUAGGAAUUUUCACGUUGGCAAAAUAGGGAAGAAAUUAUAUUAUUUUAAUAUCCAAAUUUAGAGGUUUAGAAAAAUUUGAAUAGUUAAUGUUAAAACAUUUGUUUAUUUUUAAAGAUAUUUCAAGGAUUCUACGUUAAUCCUAUUUUAACAGAUAAAUUCUGAAAAUUUUAAAAAGAUGACACUAUUUUAUAAUAUUUUGAAUAUUGAGAGAGUUUUCUGAGUUAGUUAUACUUUUUAUUUUUUUAAGAUUUAUUUUUAAGAAAAAAGCAUUGAUCUGAACAUUUUGGUCUAACCAAGGAAAAAGUUAUCUUAAGUGGUAAAGAUUUGCUGUCUGUCUUCACAUGAACUGAUCCGUUCAUUAUAUAUUAUGGGAAAAAAAUCAAAGAAAGGUUUUUAUAGAGAUACGAAGAUACUGUUUAGAGAGAUAUUUAUUAUGACUUUUUUAAAAUGUAUUUUUCUAUUUUCAAAAUAUUAUUUCUAGGCUAUAUUUUUUAUUGUCACUUCUGCAAAUGAUUUGCAAUUUUGGAAAUGAUUAAACUAGAUUGUAAGUGGGGUUCAGUGAGGACAUUCAUCAGACAUAUAAGAGGUGCUGUAAUCAGAGCAGGGCCCUCCCUGUCUUACUCAUCCUUAGCUGCCCUUAGCCCAAACCUUUAUAUAAGACUGUUUCUUGAUAUUUAAAAUGGUACAGAAUUUUUUUUUUAAAUGUGGAGAGAUUUUGAAAUGCAUAAAAAUCAUGCCUUUAUAAUUUUACCAGCCACCAGAUGCAUCUUGAUUUAUGUACUAGUAAAUAUAGCAAAUGUUUUAAUAAAUAGAAACAUUGAUUAGAAAGAAAAAAGAACUCAUAGCUAUAUCCUCUGUAGUCAGUGAAAGUCUGGGUUCAUUUUAUUCUAUUUUGUGUUCCAUUGGCACACUUUGCAUUCGAAUUUCAGUACAGUCCUUUCAAAAUAUUUGUUAAGGGUUGUGUAAGUGUCUGCCUUACUUUCUAAUUCUUAGAGCAUAUAUUGUUAAUAUCUUAACCACAUAACUAUUGAAAAAAUCUACUUAUUGAAUAAAAUCCACUUUCGAUUCUGAGUUUAGAAAAUUGGAUUUGAAAAAAUUAGAUUCUUAAGAAAUUGAUUUUUAAACAUUAAAGUAAAAUUUCAGAUCAUCCAGUUUUAGCGAAUUUGAAGAUGUAUGUAACACUUUUCCUAAUUCUACCCUAGAGAAAAAGACUCAUGGUAUUUUAAAACUCUGUAUUUGUAAUGAGAUAAGGAAUAGUCUUAAAUACUUUAUUUGGGGGAAUGCACAGGCCAGUCAGGAGACCACUGCCUGUGGGCUGAGCUGGUGACUGAGACCAGACAGGAUGUGAAGGGGCCUGAGGGCAGGAGAAGGCCAGAAGGCCUGGGCCAUCAGUUCACACUUUAAUGCUUGACUCCUCUUCAUGGUGUUUGGAAAGCUUCUGUGUACAAAUAACUAAUGUGGAUUAGCACUUGUGAUCUGAGCAAGUCUUGACCAAGAAUCCUAAACUCCAACAUCCCAUUCCAGCAUAGUAAUAUCUAGACUAGAUUAAUAAUCCAGCAUAAAAUCCAGACUAGAUUCUUUUGUAUAUGCUUUUUUGUACAAAACUAUAAGCCACAGAGGUUGACCACUUAGCCCGUUUGCUUGCUAGAAGAGGAAAACAAAAAUCUUCAACUAGCCUCCAGUCAAAACAUAUUCAAAUUCAGGCAGCAAUGAGUUUUAAUAAAUUAAAACAUCCAGAAGUGAUUUUAGACUUUUAGUUUUCCAUGCUAACUGGACCACUUUGCAAGCUCAAGCUGACAGUAUUAUUAAGUAACUUCACUGAAGUACGUACUCUGAAGUAUUAGGCUUCCAGAAUAUAUAACAAUGCUCUGAGCGACAGACUGGGCUCAUGUGAUGGGGUUGCAUUUUAUUUUCUUAACAGGUCUUUAACUUCGUCAGCUCAUUUGGAUGGUACGUCAUGUGAAUAUAAUCAAGUACUGUAGUUGAAAUUGUGUUAUACCACUACUUAUAUGUUGGCUUAGGUACUAUGCAUAAUGUUAAUAGCUGAAAUCUUAAAGAAUACGAAGUCUAAAAUAUAAAGGAUGAAGUAUACUUAUAUUAAGCCUGUUUUAACACUGCUCGGGAAAUAAAAGGCCUUAUUCCCUUAUAUAUGCGAUUUUCAUAAUGUAUACAUAGUAUAUUCUAAGUGUUCAUUUGGGUGGGCUGUGUACUCCCCGUACAACAAAGGUGACAAAUUUUUUUAGUUUACACAAUGUAUUCUGCAUUUUUCAAAUGUUUCUGUAUAUUACAAAAUUCUCACAUUCAUAUUCAUUGACCAAAUCUCAUGCACGGGAAGACAUUUAGAGUACAUUCAAUCUGACCGUCUUUGAAAAUAUACUUUAUUUUGGGGAUCACUUUUCUCUCACGUGUAUGAUUUUUUAGAAGUUGGUACAGUGUGUGGGUGACCAUACAAAUGUUUAUGAAAAAUGUUAUUGAAGUGAUUCCAUCAGUAUUUUGUUUUAAUACUUGGAGAAUGACCUUCAUAUUUAUAUAUUACAUUUCUUUGUUUCAACUAGACAGUGAUAAAUCCAGGAAAUGUUUCCUUUUUUUAACAAUAAUUUUUAUUUGUAAAGUGUUUGUAAUAAUGUAAAGGUGAAUCUUAUAUAUGUUCAAUAAAAACCAUAUC